AUGGCGACGGCGACGGCCAGGCUCGUCCUCCUCGUGGCCCUCGUGGCCGGCAGCUCCUGCAGCGCAUGGGCGGCCGUCCAGGUGGCCGCGGAUGAGCGCCAGAAGGAGGCAGACGUGGCGGCGCCGGUGAUCCACGCGCUGCGUCCGAUGGUGGGCUCCGCCGGGGACCUCGGCCGGCGCGGCGGCGUGCCAUGCGAUAGCUGGCGGCUGGCCGUGGAGGCGUACAACAAGCGCGACUGGCGGACGGUGCCGGUCGACUGCGAGGGCUACGUCGGCCACUACAUGCUCGGCGGGCACUACCGCCAGGACUCCGGCGACGUCGUCGACGAGGCCGUCGCGUACGCCGAGGGGCUCAAGCUCGGCGGCAAGGGCAAGGAGGUGUGGGUGUUCGACACCGACGAGACCACGCUCUCCAACCUCCCCUACUACGCCACCGAUGGCUUCGGCACGAAGCCGUACAACGCGACGAGCUUCAACGAGUACGUCAUGGAGGGGAGCGCGCCGGUGCUGCCGGAGACGCAGCGGCUGUACAAUAAGCUCAUCUCGCUCGGCAUCAAGCCGGUGUUCGUGACCGGCCGCACCGAGGACCAGAGAGCCAUCACCGUCGCCAACCUCCGCCGCGAGGGCUACUCCGGCUGGAUGAAGCUCAUGCUCAAGCCCGUCGGGUACAAUGGCACCGCCAUCGGCUUCAAGUCCGGCGAGCGCCAGAAGCUCCAGGACGCCGGCUACGUCAUCGUCGGCAACAUCGGCGACCAGUGGAGCGACAUCCUCGGAGCGCCGGAGGGGGCGCGCACCUUCAAGCUGCCGGACCCGCUCUACUACAUUGGCUAAUUAAGCGAUGGCCUCCGUAUCAUCCAACAGCUGCU